CUACUGCUAGUAAGUAGUUUAAAUAUAGUUUUGCUGUUGACAACGGCUGUCAACGAACUUACAGAUGACAACCUACAGAAAGUUUUCUAUCUUCAUAAUAUUUACCACGUUUGUUUCGUUGGAUGUAUGUUCGUUUACGAAGGAAAGUUCAGCUGAAGGUAACUGACGCAACUGCUUUAUGAGACAUUAUCCCUAAACAAUCAUGAGUACAACCAGCAGCUUCAACGAUCUUACUGAUGAACAACAACUGUUAAGAAUCAGUAAAGAAAAGGUUCACGAUUUUCUACUUGCCAUUAUUUAUCUGGGCGUCGCCAUGAUAAUGGGUGUUAUUGGCAAUGCCUUUGUCAGUUACAUUUACCAUUACAAACUGAGGCCAACACCAGCCAAUCUGUUUGUUGUCAUACUAAGCUUCUGUGAUUUCCUUGCCAGUUUAAUAUGUAUACCUAUGGAUAUUUCUAUCCUUACACAUCCAUAUGUAUUUGAAAGUGAUCCUGCAUGUCGUGUUAUAAGAUUCUUUGUCAUGGAUUUAUCCAUCACUUCUGGAGUCAUUGUCUUCGCCAUUUCUAUAGACCGCUUCAAGAAAGUAUGUUUGCCUUUGAAGAAACAAUUCUCUCGACGCCAGGUUGGAAUCAUUUCAGCUGUUGUCAUCAUCUUUGCAACAGUUCUUUCAUUGCCAAGCUUUUAUGUUUAUGGAACCAAACACUUUACAAUACCAGGAACUUACUUGAACGGCUCCAUUUGCUCCAUAUCAGAGAAAGCUCACAAGAGCGUUUCCUCUGGUUUUCUAAUCCUUCUCAUGUCCAUAUGUUUACUUCUGUUAAUAACAUUCAGUACAAUUUACUGUUUGAUUGCAAUAAAAUUGUGCCGCUACAAAAAGCAAAGAAUAUCGUUGGGUGACUCCAUGAAAGUGAAGUCUGUUAGUCAUGAUGACAAUUCAAGAGAGAUGACCGACAGUAAUGACUACAUCAAAGAAAACCGCCGUAUUGACAAGAUACAGAAGUCAAAAGCAAAAGGUUUUACUUUGGAGAAGGAAACAUUUCGUGUUCGUUCAAAUACACAGACAUCUAGAAGAGAGCCAACUUCCUUCAUGAACAUGACACGAACAACUUUAAUUAUGUUCUUUGUGACUCUCACUUGGGUAUUAAGUUACAUCCCUCAUUUAGCUUCAGUUUUAAUAUUAAGCAGAAAGCCCGAGUUUAAAGAGACACUAAAUCCGACUAACAGCGCCCUCUUUGAGAUUGCACUGCGUUCUUUCUACUUAAAUAACAUGAUUAAUCCAUUUAUUUAUGGCAUAUUCAACUUUCGAUUCCGCAAUGAAGUUGUUGUAUUACUGCGAAAGACUUUCUGUUGUUUAAAAUUGAAACCAUCUUCUUGAGGAAACCGUUUCUCUUUUGUUCCUUUUGUAUUUUUAUUGAAUAAUGGAAUGCUGCUCCCAUACCAAGGAUGGUGUUGUUAUUACUGGACUGCCUUUAAAAUGUAAAUGAAAGCUUUCCAGCUAAUUACUAAGGAUUCAUUGAUCAACAUAUUAUUCUUACCUGUAGCCCAUAAGCUCACUCUAUCAUUUCUACUUUAACUACAACAUCCUCCACACCUUGGAGCCAACCAGAUCUUUAUCCUUUUAUCUUUUAUGUGUUUCAGUCAUUGGACAGGACUGUGGUCAUGCUGGAGCACCACCUUGAAGGCUUUAAUUGAACAAAUUGAAACCCAGUACUUAGUGUAUUUUUUUAAAGUCUGGUGCUUAACCUAUCAGUCCUCUUCUGCCAAACUGCCAAGUUACAAGGAUGUAAACAAACCAGCACUGGUUGUCAAACAGUGUUGGCAGACAAACACAAAACAAACACACGUGUGUAUAUAUGUGUGUGUGUGUGUAUACAUACAUACACAACAGACUUCCACACAGUUUCUGUUUACCAAAUUCAAUCACAAGGCAUUGGUUGGCCUGAGGCUAUAGUAGAAGACACUUACCCAAGGUUCCAUGCAGUGAGACUGAACCCAGAAUCACAUGGUGGUUAAGUGAACCGUUUAACCACACCACUAUGCCUGUGGCUAUACUUUCUUUUCCCCAGUUCACCAAAUCUAAUCACCAUACUCAAUCCUUCUUCCCAAUAUUGUCAACCUUCUGGAAUUUCCUGCAUGCCUGCUUUUCACCUGCAAACAUUGAUUUAUAAAUGUUUAAACUGAAUACAAUCUGCAUUAAUUUUUCCAGUAUUGAAGGACCUAAGAAAGUCAUGGAUACAAACUCUUUCUCCUAAUGAAACUAUGUAAAAUAAAAAAAAAGUAAAAAAAAAAAACGUUUUUUUUUAAAAUUACAAUUCAAACACUUUGGAAUAGUGCAUCUAUGACCAGGUCUUAAACGCAUGAGAAAAGACUGAUAUUAAUAUGUAUAAUACUAUUACAUUAUAAAACAUAACUGUAUACUGCAUGGUGCAGUGCAAAAGAAAGUCUUUAUACAUGCAUGCAUACACCAUUACACAUAUACAGGGUGAUUGAAAAGUAACUCCUUAUCUUAAAAUACUUUUAAUUUAUUAAUUGUAAUUUUUACAGACAAAUG